AUGGAUCAGGUCGGAAAGGAAGAUAAUCUAUUACAAAUGCAAUAUGUUUUUGCAUUACGCAAAAGUGACGGUGAAAUAAAGAAUUUUCAUGAGCAUAUCAAUACAGUGGAGUUGGAGAAGAAACAUUUAGAAGAAGAAGUGAAUAUUUUAAAAUGGCAAAACGACGUGCUUUCAAGAAAAGCUGGUGCUUCUUCUAGCAGUGCAGGGCGUUCAGAAAUACUUGAGGAAGAAAACAGAGUACUGAACGAACGUGUUAACAUACUGGAGGCAGAAGUUAGGAGGCUUAAAGACAGCGUGCUCAGUAAAGCUCGGCAAGUGGCUGCUAAAGAGGCUUGGAUUCAGACAAUAGAGAAUGUUAACAUUGAUUUUCAAAAAGAAAUUGAACAACUGCAGUGUCAUCUGAUAGAACAGAACAAUCGGAUCGUUCGCUUAUCGGCGGACAAAGAAACACUGGAGCAGGAGUUGUCAUUUGGAAAGGCUGCUGCAUUGACCAGGGCAGAUGAGGCUGUUUCAUUUAAUACGGAGAAAAUAGAAUUGCAGUCAGAUGAGGCAAAGUAUGAGUAUGGCUCAGAGAACACAGGGCAUGGUUUAAGUGCUUUUUACCCGCCUCAGCAGCAAACGCCUGACAGUGAGUCCAAUUUCAUGAGCUAUCGUGUACGAAUGUUGUCAGCUGAGUUGGAAAAAACAAGGCGUAAAGUUGAGGAAUUAAACAGAAAUAUUGCGAUUUCAACACUCAACGGAUUUGACAAACCGCUUAAACUUCAAGACAUAUUUGACUAUAUGACUGCUAUUAGGAGAGAUACCGCUGGCUUGGAAAAGGAAUUGCAAAAAGCUAUUAACCAAUAUGAUGAUCUUUUGGCGACGCUGAAAAAAACAAUUGAUUCUGUGUUGCCAAAAGGUGAUCGCAUUAUCAUGGCGUUAUGA